CCCGACCAAUAUAUAAUCUUUCACUCAUGCUCGCAUAACUAAUAAUAUACAAAGAUGGUAGGAAAGUGUGAUUUGGUGAGUGUUAUAGGAGCCAUAUUGGUACUAACCAUCUUCCAUAAUCCGAUCAUCGUCUACGCCGGCCAGGGUGUUCCGGAAGUAGCGUUGUUUACUUUCGGAGACUCUUAUUACGACGCCGGAAACAAAGCGUUUCUAAGCAAAAAUAAAAAUCUUCCACAAACCCUAUGGCCUUAUGGAAAAUCCCUUGACGACCCUAACGGGAAGUUUUCCGACGGCCACAUUGUCCCCGAUUUUAUCGGUGACUUCAUAUCCAUACCGAACGGAAUCCCGCCUGCACUUAAACCAGGCGCUAAUCUUUCACGUGGAGCUAGUUUUGCCGUCGCUGAUGCUUCUAUCCUUGGAGCUCCGGUGGAAUCUAUGACACUGAAUCAACAAGUGAACAAGUUCAGAAGCAUGAAAUCAAAUUGGACCGACGACUACAUCGAGAAAUCACUGUUUAUGAUAUACAUCGGUACAGAAGAUUAUUUGAACUUCACCAAGACCAAUCCCACUGCAGACGCUUCUGCUCAGCAAGCUUUUGUCAUUUCCGUCACGAACAAAUUAAAGAACGACAUCGGCUUGUUAUACUCCUUGGGAGCCAGUAAGUUCAUGGUUCAAUUGCUAGCACCAUUGGGUUGUUUACCGAUCGUGAGACAAGAACAUGGAACCGGCAACGACUGUUACGAGCCACUUAACGAUUUGGCCAAACAACACAACGAGAAGAUCGGUCCGAUGUUGAACCAGUUUGCCAAAUCCCCUGGUUUUCAGUUCACCGUCUUUGAUUUCUACAACGCCAUCCUUCGUAGGACACAGAGACCUCAUAACUACCGGUUCUACAUCGCGAACUCAUCAUGUUGCGGUGUUGGGACGCACACUGCGUACGGUUGCGGAAUGGGAAACGUUCACUCGAAACUAUGUGAGUAUCAAAGGUCGUAUCUCUUCUUUGACGGACGUCACAACACAGAGAAGGCUCAAGAGGAAUUAGCUCAUCUGAUCUAUGGAGCUGACACUAAUGUGAUCCAACCGAUGACGGUCCGUGAGCUCAUUGUGUUUCCAGCUGGAGAGAACAUGCUUGAGUCUUGGGAGCCUAACUUGUCGUCGGUCCGUCGUCGUUCAUCUACCAAAUCUACAUCGGUUUAUCGGCUUCUUGAUUUAAUUGGAUGAGUUUGAGCUGAAUCAUAUGUAAGAUUAGCUGCCAAUACCAUCCUCUAUGAAUCAUUUCGUUGCGAUUGUGCUUAUGACGUUGAAUAAAUUGCUUUUGAGUAUCUGAAAUGUAUUCUGUUUCGUUAUCUGUGGAUAGAAUAAUAAGAGAGGUCGCAAAUGUUUCUACAGCUUGAUCACUUUCUCAUU